GAUGCAUGUGCCGUUCCAGGGAAGUCAGCUUCUGCUGUUCUUCAAUUUAUGAAAUACAGAGAACUAAAAGAAACUGAAAGAAAAACAUUUUCAAAAAAUAAAAAGAUAUCAGAUAAACCAGUAAAGAUUUCUGUUGGGAUCAUGAACAAGACCAAGAAUGGCUUGAGGCCCAUGAGAGGAAAAAACCUACCUGUACAUGUUGACCCCCAGUGGUCAUCUGAGCAACUUUUAGCAGCAGCUUUGAAAAAACAAAAAGAUUUCAAUCAAGAUAUGGAAGAUGGAGAAUAUGUCUUGCUUUAUCCAGAUGGCUCUCAAAUAAAAAAUAUCCCUGGGACCGACACACCUUUUACUAUUGGAAAAUACAAAGAGGCCAUUGGAAAGGCCUAUCAGAGGAUCACACUGUACAUUUGUACCCUUGAGGAUCUGUUGUCAAAGAGUCAAGAUGAUUCAGUUUCAGAAGAAGAUGAAGUCGUUAUUAGGGCACAACCCAAUAUGUCACCUCUUUCUGACACAGUGCUUUGGUCAAGUCCUGAAAGCAGUACACCAGAGCGUAGACAUGGUGACAAUUUCUAUACAACAUCUGCGCCAUCAGCAUCCCAGUCAUCUAAUGGGCAAGUGCUACAUGCCGAGAGUGCAGAAAUUGCCAAACAGACGGCCACUACAGUGGGUGAAAUCAAGUCAAAUGACUUCUACAGUGCAUAUACCCAUAUCUAUGCCCCUAUCACCAUUGACAGCAGUUCUUCAGAUCUUGAGGAAGUAGAGAAACUGCCAGAGAAAGACAGUGAUGGACAUGAUGGGCUGACAGCUGCAGACAUAGUGUCAAAUCUGGCACAUAAUCUUAACAAAACAUCAUGUAGCAGAUUUAACAUUAACCGGGCGAAUGUCUGGGAUGGUGGCUUCAGAGGUUUCAGGCGAUCCUCAUUUGAUCCCACCUGCAGCAUGAUGGUGAAAUUCACAGAUGAUGCUGGGCUGACGGAAGAGGCUUUGGACAGCGGGGGGCCUACUCGAGAAUUUCUGACUCUGUUGAUGGACAGCAUCAAAACAAGGAGAGUAUUUGAAGGCAAAGACAAUGCCAAAUACCUCUCAUUUGAUAGUAAAGCUGCAGAAGACAAUGAGUAUUUCCACAUUGGAAGAAUGAUUGCCGUGUCCAUUGUCCAUGGCGGUCCAGGGCCUCGUUGUCUUUCCCCAAACCUCUUCCUUUACCUAAUUGGUAAAGUAAAAACACUUGAGGCCCCAAUUGAGGACAUACCUGAUGAUGAGGUCAAAAGGGGCCUUCUUGAGAUAAAGAAUGCUACAUCACUGAGUAAACUCCAGGAACUGACAGAAAAAUACUCCAGCAUGCUUCAGACAGCAGGCUGCUAUCGAUUCAUGAAGACUCUGGAGGACAAGAAGAAAGUAGUAGAUGAUUACAUUCAGUGGUAUUUCAUCUACCGAAACCAUGUUUCCAUCCAAAGGUUCAAAGAGGGAUUGGCAACACUUGAUUUUGUCAAUGCCUUGGAACAGCAUCCUUCACUCUUCUUCUCAUUCAUGUGCUACACUGAGACCAAGCUGACAGCUGAUGCUGUGGAGAACAUCUUCCAUGUGCAGUUCAGUCAGCCUGGUAGCACCAACCGUCAGGAGGAGGCCAGAGUACUGAGCUACUGGCGAGAUUAUCUGCUCUACCUGGAAGAAAAAGAGGCAAGUCCUUCUUUGGAAGGUGUCCUUAUGUUUGGAACUGGGCUGAAGGAAGUUCCUCCUGCAGCAAUACAGCCACAGCCACAGUUAGUUUUUCAGAAGAGUGCACGCUUUCCCAUGGCAAAUGUAUGUACAAAUACAAUAAAAAUUCCAAUUUUAUCCAGGUAUGAAGACUUUCAAGAAGCCAUGGAUUAUGGCAUGCAAAACUCCCCUGGGUUUGGGCUUCCUUAAAGCUAAACAUCUUUGGCUGAUAUAACAGGGUUUAGGUCAGAGUUAAGUUUUAUUGAAAUGCAAAUGUGCCAAUUUGUUCUUUCCUCUUUUGAAAUGCAGGCAUUUUAUGUUAUACCUUUGUUAUAGUUAAACAUUUAAAGCCACAAUAGUUUUGAUUAUACUAAUAUAUAAUCAAUUGUGAGAUUUGAGAAACAAUAUAGGUUUUUAGUACAGAAAUGUAUGGCAUGUUCUUUGCACAAAACUUAUUUGUUAUACACAGUUUCAAUCAUUGAUGUUCAGUAAAACACUGAUGACAUAUGCAGUGAGCAAAUAAAGUUGUUCUCUAAACUGA